GUUUGUGGCAACGGUUUGAACACUUUGAAGGGUUCUCAAACCGGAACGACAAGUUGAUCAGAGAAGGCUAAAAUAUUGGGCCUUUUGGGAGACCAAGGUUCUAUUCUGCAAACUGGGAGUGAUAUUCCUUCGUUUCGGUGUCGAGCCAAUCUGACCACCCACUCUGUGUCUAAACGUUUAGCGGGUGACUUGGUCUGGAUUCAAUCGAAUAGGCGGGUGAACUUCCAAAGAGACCGUCAAGAACAUCGUGUCAAGGGAGUCGUUUCUCUGAAUGAACUUGUUGCUCGCAUGGUAUCGUCUUUUUGCCCUAGUGGGUAUAUCUCGUAUACCUCCUCCUCCUGUCUCCGUUCGGUUCUUCCCUCUUCUCGCCCAGCAAACGAGGUGCAAGAGGCAAUCCACCCAGUUUCCAGCAGAUUCGAGCUCGGGUACCUCAAAACGGACGGCACACGUCUCGAUCCUUCCUUCCUUCCUUUCCAGGCAUGGAGGCACCCAUCCAUAUGCCUUAAUCACAUGCAUAUGUAUGUGGACGUGUUCGCUUGUAGUGUACACGUCAGGUUCAUGUGAGCGAAGCCAUCUCUGGCCCCAACAUCAUCGCCCACCACUCAACAGCGCUCUUGCAAUUUGGGUGGGUGCGGAGUCGGUGGGAGACUGGCCAACGCGUUCCCGUUGCUCGCUCGUCAAGGACUUUAAAAACUCUUUCGAGCUUACGUACAAGGAACGAGGAGGAUGCGUUUAAGUGGAAAAAGUCAUGAGCUUCCUGCCUGAAGGCGGUAAUGCGGCCUGGGCCUCUGCCAUUGCCGAAGAAUCCCGAUCUGGUCCGCCUGGUUGGGACGGUAUGUCACUACCACCAUUACCCUUCCAGUCCCACAUGCCUUCGAUGGGGAUGGGGAACACCAUGAUUCCUUGUCUGCCAAGUGAGGAUCAAGCUUGGGACUAUGAGGACGAUGGGGAAGGCGGCGUUGAGAGAGGCACACUAGCUCGAACCCGACACGUCGGAAGGGGACGAGGAAGGGGAGAGAGGGGACAAGAAGACUUGCUGCUCUGGCCAUUAAGCGGACGAGAGGCGGCUCAUGCCAGUGGAGGAAGUCUCCUUCGAGCUAAACACACCGGGUGUACAGAAGCAUCGGAUACAAAAUUUGUAGAACCCGUCACUGCUGCAACUAUUCCUUCGACAACGUCACAAUCAGUGCAUCAAGAUCCUCUCGGUGACUGGUUAGUAGCGCGACAAAGAGCAUUUCGAGACUUCGAUCGCUCCUGGCAGACUCCAAGUGUGUUUCAAGGUGACACAGUAAGAAGCAUCCUGACAACCCCUUCUUGGUUUUCAAGCUCGGAUCACGCAGUACGGCCUCCCAAUUCCAGAGUGAACAGCUCGCCCUUCACAUUCAGCUCACCAUCCCAUUCCUAUCGAGUGACGUAUCCACAUCAGUCAGUGGAUGAUUCACAGCCUUCGUUGACCUUCGGUGGUAGUGAUUCCAGCCCAGCAAAAAUAACAGCAAGACCGCCAACAGCAACAGCCGCCAUGCUAUCAACUCGUAAUGAGAACGCGGAUCUGUCACCCAAGGCCAAGGUGUCGUAUGACGAGGACAAGUUCCAAGUGGAACUGGACGUUCAAGAUUAUCGGCCAGAGGAGCUUUCUAUCAAAACAGAGGGCGAUGUGCUCGUCGUCCUAGCUAAACAUGAGACAAAAACAGAGACCGGAGGAAGUUUCGUAUCCAAACAGUUUGAGCAGAGAUUCACCCUCCCCGCUGGUGUCAAGCCCGAGAGCAUCUCUUCGUCACUCUCCAAGAACGGAACUCUCACAGUCUCAGCCCCCAGAGAGAUGGGCCGCUCUGAUUUGAGCGGGUUUAAAUCAUCCCGACCUUUGACUUCCGAAUCGGCUUCCAAUAAAUCCCUGGGCAAUGUCUACGCUCAGAGUACCGACCAACAGGGUGAAGGUCUUCCCCAUCCAAAGGUGAAGUACGACGAGGACAAAUUCCAGAUCAGUCUGGACUGCCAGCAUUACAAACCCGAGGAGCUUGACGUCAAGGUGGAAGGCAAUUCCAUCAUUAUCACGGCCAAGCAAGAGGUCAAAGAAUCUGGAGGAACUCGGACUCGCGUGUUUGAGCAGAAAUUCUCCCUUCCGUCCGGAGUGAAAGCCGAGAAAGUGGCCUCGUCCAUCAGUCGGGAUGGCGUCCUAACAAUCACAGCUCCUAGGGGAAACACCCACAGCUCCUCCAUGGUCAACCAGUCCUCGAUCGAAAGUCGUAUGGAUAAGGCGUUGUCACCGGCCAAUUGGGACGAGGACUUCAAACGACGCGAUUACUCCAAUAACAAUUCCACCACGUCUGCUCUCUCUGGCCACAAGCGCGAUGAUCAUUUAAAGCACUCUUCUCUUUUCAAUCAAGACCGAUCUAGCUUUUUCCCUACAGUCAAUGAUGGCAUUUCGAAAAUACAGUGUGAUGAUGAAAGCUACAAAAUCUUGAUCAAUGUCAAGGAUUUCAAACCUGAGGAGUUGGUGAUCAAGACCGUGGGCAACACCGUCCAUUUUGAGGCCAAACACGAAGAGAAAACCGCAGAUGGGCUUUCCUCCAGCUCCCGGAAUAUCUCUCAAAGUUUCACCCUUCCACGUGGCGUGGAUCCUGAAAGCGUAUCCAGCAGUAUGUCCAAGGAGGGCGUUCUCACCAUCUCGGCCCCGUUGCCCGCCGCCUUGAAAGCUCUCAAUGCUGAGCGAGUCGUGCAAAUCAAGCACCAUUGAUGAUUUGAUUGGAGGACAAUCACUAGCCACCCAGUUUUGUUCUCAUGAAUCAUUUGUUUGCAAUCCCUGUGCGAAUGAAAGCGAUGUAACAAAAACAGCAGAAAGGCUAGUUGAUGCGCGAUCCACCAUCACCCCCACCCCCACCCCCAGCAGUAGCAACUACUAUUACAACAACAACAACAACAACAACAGCAACACAAACAACAACAACAUACAUACAAAUAAGUUAAUCGCAACAUAACCAAUCGAAGAAGAAAAGACAACUCGUUCGGUGGCGGAAGCUUCAUUCUUAACUCUAUGGUUGCUCGGAGUUUACUAUAACCUACAUUUGAUAGGCUGCUUUGCUCUUGGUAAAUUUUGGUGUACCCUUCAGUAAUAUCCAACAAAGUUAAAAUAUUGAUUCUUUUGGUGCUAAAUGCUAAGCUAGAUAUUUUUUAUCAAACAAGCUACUCUUUUCAAUUCGGCUCGGCAGCCGAAGUGUCGUCAAUUCCAUCCGCAUUUCGGCCACUUCCCCAGUUUCUUGGCCCUCUCCAUCCAUAAUUCAACAUCAUCUGCCGGUUUGAAACCAAACGCAUAAUCUCAUCAUCACAUAUCUCAUAUGUUCUGUGUGGUGCCUCUACCUUAGUAGCUAGUCUCAUAAUUCAUGUUCUUAACAACUGACGCCAUAUAGAUCUAUUAUAUAUAAUAAUAAUGAUAAUAAUAAUGAUAAAACCACAAUCGUU